UUUCACUUUCAGUUUAAAUUCCCAGAAAUCCCAUUAGAGUCUAAUGAUCAGACGGACCGUGCUGCUGCUCUGCCACCGGAGGACUAGCGCAGCCCUCUGCGCCAAAUAUCUGCAGAAGGGCGCAAGGGGAUUUCCACAGGACCUAUAUAGCCGUGGGUGGCGACUUCCAUUUAACAUUCUGGAGAUUAAACCAAUACUUAAAACAAGUCGUGUUAGAGCCACGUACCGCAGAAAGGGCGCAGCGUGAGACAUCCAAGCAAGGUAGUACCAUGUACACCUGGACCUCCAUGUGGCACCGUGAUGUGAGUCAGCUGGCUGUGCACCACCCAAAGUUGGAUUCUUGGAUUUAGUCCUACUUCAAAGCAAAAUAAAGCAACUUACACGGAUAAACUCGGUGUUGAGAUGUUUGCACUUACAAUGGAUAAUUAUUAGUUUAAUGAAUAAUCAAUGUUCCUGGGAUGUUAAACAGAGGCAUACUUCACAACAGACAGAAAUCUGAGGAAAUAUGCAGAGGGGGAAAUCGCUGCUUUCUUUUUCACACCCAGUUUCUAAAUUCAGCUAUGAGGAGAUGAUUAAUUGUCAUGAUUCAAGGGGAAAGGGUAUUGUGUUUCUCUUGCUGGUGAUUUGCUCAGGACUCAGCUAUAGUUGUAGCUUUAACCACAACCCCAUAUCAGAUGAUUAUAUGAAGAAAAUAAAUACAAUGGAAGGAUACAUACCAUUCAAUUCUCACGUAAAAAGGCCAGUAAUAAUUCCUGAAGAGAAGGAGGACCAAAACUGCAUCCAUUUGUUGGAGUUGUUUUUGAUCAAUUAUACUCUGGCAAAUAUAGGAAGACGAGGAGGAUCUGAAUUGGACAAAAGGAUUAUAGGCUUACAAUAUGAAAUUUACUUCAUUGAGGAAUGCUCAUUUACGAUUCCCUCAGCUUGCCCUAAUGAAAGUGUUACCAUUCCCACCAUUUUGAAAAAUCUAAAUGCAUCUCUCGCAGCACUGAAACCGCAUAUAGAAAACAACUUCUCACAUUGCUUGCGUGUGAAGUGUGCAGAAGAAGCUGAACAUAUCAGUACUAUGAGAAAUACUAUUGCAACAAGAAGACAUAACAAGGGUCAUCAAGAUUCCAAUCUAGAUGUGAUAAGUGAAGAACCCACAACUCCCAUGGUAAAGCUUAAUGAUGGCUUAUCAGAUCAGAUAAGUGGUGACCCUUUAAAUCAGUCAAAAGGAACACGUAAUCAUUUUAUGAUGAUAGGGAGCUUCUGCAGUCUGGGCAUAAUACUACUCCUCAUUACGAUAUAUUUCGUAUGGAAAAGGUGAAACGCAUGACGUAAAAUCCAGAAAGGUUGUUAUUUAACAUCAUCUGCAUUCUCAUCAAUGUCCACACCUGGACUAUAUGGGGCAUUAUGGAUUUUUAGCAGUGGACUUUUUUCUUGAGCAUCUGUUAUAUUGUGAAACAGUAUUAAUCUGCAAACCAUAUACAUGUAGUCCAGCCAUGCAAGCCAUACACUCAAACCAUGCAUCCAUCCUGUUGCUAUUGCACUGGUAAAAGAGAAGACUCUCAAGACUUGUCUUUAGCACAGCAAAACAAAUGAGCAACCUGAAUAUGAUGCACAAAAAGAGGCAAAAAUAAUCUCAAACUUUCAAACGGUUAAAGACGGAAACAAAACCAUACAUCUUGGUCUCAGUACUUUCUUCUUUAUUUUUGGGAAUUUUUUGUGGCAAUGUGAGACAUAGUAAUUGGAAUAUAUGUGCCAAACCUGAGACCAACCAAAAAGAUGAACUAAACCUUGACUCUUCUUUAUGUAUUGAGCAAAAGUUGAUACAUGGCUGUUGACUACCAUUCUCCAAUUACUGUAUAUAGUGCUAGCGUUCUUCAGGUUUGUUCUAGUACUCAUUCACAUUUGUCCAUGUGAGCCAUGAAAGCUUCUAAAGUUUUGCCGAAUCAAAAAUGAAGAACACCUUCUUAUGGAGAUUGUUAUGAAAAUCCAUAUUCUUCAUAACAGUAAAAAAUAUUCUGUAUACAGUUCAGUAUUUUCAGACUGAAAUUUCUAGGUGGAUGAGCAGGAAGUGGAAUAAACGUAUUCGGAAUGGGCUAUCUAAAUCAAAAGUUAACAAUUGGUCCAUGUUACCACCCUAAUGGAGACACUGCUUCAGCAAAGCGUGGCAGGUAGCUUUAGCGGUGUGUGCAGCUUCUAAAUUAUAGUCAUGGUCGCACUGUCUUUCGGUAUAAAAAAUCUCAUGAGCAAAGCUGUUGAAAGAAGCGAAAACACUAUUUAUUUGGCAAGGACUAACAAAAUCCAGACUGGAACCCAACUCUGACUCUAGAAUCUAUGAGGUGUAAAUUCUAGAAGAGGCUAUCUCCGGAACUCCCACAGAAAAGAAUGGAGCGGCCGCAUGCAUUUGUGACCGCCACUCCGGUCAUUUCAGGUGAGCUGCAAGUGGUACGGGUCCCUGUUCUCGUCAUCGGUGGGGAUCGCAGCAGUAGGACCUCCAUCUACCAGAGUUGACUCCAACCACACCACACCUCAUUUUUGAAAACUGGUUCAAAAAUUGGAAAGUUGCAGCUUGCUAAUUUUUUUAUACAAGUUUUAUGGCGUUGACUUGAUAAAUGACCCUAUUGUUUAUUUUCAAAAACAUAACAGGCUUAUGCCAUAAUAUUCAAGGGAAUUAUGGACAGCUCUGUUUUAUCAUUGCAUCUCA